CCGGGCUAGGGGAGGGAGGUGGGGACGCAUCCCUCCUCCACUCUGGGCCUGGCCUCGGAGCCGGUGGGAGGCUUCCGGAGGCUGGAGCUGGGCGGCCUGGCAGCGCCCCCUCUCCGGAGCCCAGCCCCCUGGUGCCCACGCGGACCCUCGCUUCUCCUGCCCGGCAGCACAGGGACUGGGGGGUUCCCACCCCUGCCAAUGGGCGGGGCCCCACCCCGUGGUGCCAGGUGUCCCCGAGGGGGCGGGCCGCGCCUUUAGCCCACCCAGCGGGGGCAGGAUGACGAAGCACAAAAAGACUUUGGAGGACCACGACCCUCCUGGCCUUCAGGGUUAGCAGGGUUCAAAUACGGGACCCCUGUGCCCCAAAACCCAAGCCAGGGACAAGAGAUCAGGGACUCUUAAACCCAUUAGGGGAGUGGCCACGAGUGCUUUUGAGAAUUUAGAUGAAAACUGGCUGAUCUAAGAAAAAUGGCCUUGACAUAGACUUGGGAGAGGCGAAACACCUGCCCCUCAACCCAUCGACAUCCUUAAUUAAGGGCUUUGGCCUUAAGACAGGUUUGGGAGGCCAGGGGCCUGUGGAGUGGACCCCUCCCAGAAGCCACAGCAGCCUCCCAUCUCCUCUCCAGGGAAGACUGGGCCCUGCCCUGUGUUAGCAAAGGAUGUCUUGUGUUCCUUGAGAGGUGAGGGACAGGUGAGGGGCAUGCCCCUGCAUGAAAAGUCUGCCCCUCAUAGCCAGCACUGGUGAGUGAGUGGCUACCAGUGUGGUCUGCUGCCAGGCAGUGUAUCUGAAGUCACUCUGAAAUGGAGCCUGUAUCUCCUGGGGGUGCCCAUGGUGGGAGAAGACCCAGGUCCUUGGCUUUUACUCCCUGAGGGAAAAGCAAAAUCGAAAUGUGGGUAUCGGGGGACUGAGGAUUCUGGUGCCCUGGACUCCCCCUUCAGUACCCAUAGAAGGCCCAGAGCUGGAGUUCUGGCUCCGCCUUUUUUCUGUGCUGCCAGUUUAGGCAUGAUCCUGGGCAAGCUAUGUAAACCUCUGUGCCUCUCUCCCACCUGUGCAGUGGCUAUGCUAGUACCUACCUCAGAGGAAAGGCCUGAGGCUUGAAGGAGAUGAGCCUCCAUGGACCUUCAGCAGCGUCCAGACCACAGCAAGGAUUCAAGCCCAGCUGGGGGUGGUGGUGAACAAAACUUCCUUGUCGAAGGAGGCUUUGGAUAGUUUUCCCAGUGGAUUCAAUGUAGAGUCCACUGAAAAAUAUUUGAAAAGCUUUUAUUUAGCAAAGAUUAUUGUCUAGUAACCAACUUGCAUUUACUUAUUUGCCCGCAUUUGAUUAAUCAGACUCUGCCUGCUCAGAGUGGGUAACCCUGCGAGCACCCCGGAUUGCACUUUGUCCUGCUGGCAGCAGACAUCUCUUUCUCUCUGGUAUAGCCUAGCAGGGACCAGAGCCUGUCGGAGGAUGGUACGGAUUUUGGCCAAUGGAGAAAUUGUGCAAGACGAUGACCCCCGUGUGAGGACCACCACCUCUCAGCGUAGUAGCACACCUCGCCAGAGCUUUCUCAGCAGGGGCCAUGGUGCCCCCUUGGGGGGUCCUGGCCCCCGCCAGCAGCAGGCAGGGGCCAGGCUGGGUGCUGCUCAGUCCCCCUUCAGCGACCUCAACCGGCAGCUGGUGGACAUGGGCUUCCCCCAGUGGCAUCUGGGCAACCACACCGUGGAGCCGGUGACCUCCAUCCUGCUCCUUUUCCUGCUCAUGAUGCUGGGCGUUCGUGGGCUCUUGCUGGUGGGCCUCGUCUACCUGGUGUCCCACCUGAGUCAGCGGUGACCUCCAGGGGGCUGCUGGGGGUGUGCGUGAGAGCAGGCACAUGGAGGAUCUUGUGGUGCCUUGAAGGUGUGGUCAGAGGAGAAGCCUCGGGUGUGUGUUUUCACCUUGUGUUAAGCAUGAGGCAGAGGGAGACUAUGUAUUCCAGCGUUCCCCAAAUAUCAGCUGAUAACUCUGGGCCCCUGGAGAUGUUUCUGGGUGGCCUGCAUUAAAUAGCACAAAAUUAGAGCGGGGUAGGGAUUCCCUUUCCAAUUUUCUUUUCAUCCUUUUAUGCCAAAAGAAAGUCCCAGUUGGUGCCAGCAUGCUGUAACGCCUCUGGAACACGCGCUGACUCCCCCUUCUACCAGGGAGCAGGCCUUGGGCUUCGGACAGGCGGGAAAAGUUUCCAGACUUUUAUAGUACUGUUUUAAUUGUAUAUUUUUAUUGGCUACCUUGUAUUUAUCACAAGUACUGGUACUGGCGUUCUAUUUAUUGUGGUGAUAUUUUCAAUAAAUAAAUUGAAGCAAAAAUGAGUCCCAGUAAAGAAAUUGGUAACUAAUAGCACAGCCGGCACGCAGCCCUGGAAGACAUGGUGAAGGUGGUUUGGCGAGGGAUUGGGUUUGGGGAACAGGAUAGCAGCAGGUAUCUGACUGGAGAAGGUGGUUUCUAAGCUUUUCUCAAUAGGGUUUGGGAUCUGGGAGGGGGUCCAGGUAAAGCCAGGACUUGGGCCCUUUGUUUGAUGCUUGGCUAACUUCUAGGCUCUUUCUGAGAUGCUAGACUUGAAGGUCAGCCUUGGGAGGAAAGGUCCUCUGGGAGAAUGGCCGGGGAGGCUGUGGGAUGGAACAGCUGGGGGCAGGAUCUGAGGCCUCCUUCCCUGGGGCUUUGCCCAGAGGCUGCUCAGCUUCCCAAAGGCUCACCUUCCUGAGGUUCUUGCCACCUCUGGCCACAUUUGCCUUAGCAGGUGGGGCCUCAGCGCUGACUGCUCAGUGCAUGUGGGAUGAUGGGUCCCUAAAGUUGGGGCGAGGGUGCCCUGCAUUUCAGCUGUGAGCUCUAGAGCUCUUGGCCCUGCUAGGGGGGAGGUACUGGGGGGCUGAGGGCUCGGGACCCACAGUGGGCUUUGGGUUACAGGUUAGAGAAUGGCUGGGUGAACUUGGGGACUUCGCUUACCCCAGAAUGGUUUCGCACCAUCUUCUCAGGAGCCUUCUGGGUUCAGUUGUUUGGGGAGGAAAGCAGGUUUUGGAGGUGCUUCCUGAAGGCUAGAGCUGGGGGAGUAAACCAUCGUGGCAUGUCGAGGGGCAGAGGGAAGAGAGGUUGAGAUUGAUUCCAUCCCUCUCGUGAGCCCUGUGUGCUGCCCCGGACAGAGCCCUCUGCUGCCCUAGAGGGGGCUGGUGCCCUUUACUGCAGACAUACGUGAGGGAGCUUUGUGGUGUCCCGACAGGACUCCUUUCCAAAGAAUGUUUUCUGUGUCUUUAUUUACUGGCAGCGGAUGGAACAUGUGCUCCCUUUAUGAGGGGCACAUAGAGGGCAGGGGCACUGGGCCCUUCUCAGUGGUCACAGAUGGGGAAGGGAGGGUCUGGGCAAGGGGCAGCUGGUGCCCAGCCCUGGAUGGUGUCCCCGGCUGCUUCUGUGGCAGGUCCCUCUGCCCUGGCCCCUUUGCCCAUGGGCCUACCCAGCCCCCCAGCUCCUGCAGGUCUAGCCUACCCAGCCACAAGGAAAGGGGUUCGUUCCCUCCUGCACAGCUUCUCCCUCAUUCCCCGCCCCCCCAAAAAACCUCUCUUCUCUCCCUCAGCUUGUCUCCCUAGGGCUGGUUUUCCCUUUCUUUUUCCACUUUCAAAGCUGUGAGACUCUCUGUAGAAAUAAAUCUUAAGUAACCAGUUGCCACCAAGUCAAUUCCCCCUCACCGCGGUCCCAUGUGUAUCAAAGGAGAACUGUGCUCCAUGGGGUUUUCCUAGCUGACUUUUCAGAAGUGGAUCACCAGGCUUUUCUUCUGAGGUGUCUCUGGGUGGAUUAAAACCUCCAACCUUUCCCUUAGCAGCCGAGCACAUUAACUGUUCACACCACCUUAAAUAGCCCCCCACUAUACAAAAUACCUUUAGGGGGUGUGAAUCUGAGUCCACAAAUUUAGGGACUGAGAAUCCCAUCUUUUUCUAGAGUUCAUUUUCGUUUCAAAACCUAAGCGCUUUGAGGAGAAGUGGGGGCAUGUGAGAAACCUGGGCCUGUGGCUCGGCAUGAUGGGGAAGAGCCCUGAGGGCAGCUGGGGCCAAGGCAGUCUCCAGAGGCUUGGGUAGCCAGCCUAAGGCAAGUUGUUAGAAGUGACAUUUCUUGUCCUGUUUGUUGAGUGCGCUCCAAGACACACUUCACAGACCCAGCAGAGCUGCUCUGAAUUGGGGCCCAUCCAGUUGUCCCUUCUUUUGCCACCCACCUUUCGGUGCCUCUCAGGCUCUGGGCCUCGCUUCUGGAAGUCUAGGUCUGAAAGGCUGCUAGCCCAGCCGGCAUGGUGAGACAGCCUGGCCCUCAGUCAGAACUGCCUAGUGGAGGGGCAGGUGUCCUCGAGUUACGCAGCCUGGGUGGCAUAAGUGAGUCUGGGGGCUGUGUGGCUGCCUCUUGUUUGAACAUCCUUCUGCAAGGCUUUCACGGGCACUGACUGAGGAAUCACAGGUGUGUUUGAGGUGAGGGCUGGCUGCUCCAGGUGGCCAGGUGUACAGACCCUGA